AUGAUCCAUCAGAUCUACAGCAUCCUCAAGGACCAUACCACUGUAGACCGCACCCUUGCUCAGUUGAUCAAGGAUGGAACGCUUCGCAAGUUCUACAUUGGGGGAACAGGAUCCGACGAGUUCGCCAUCAUGCUGACAGAAGAUUAUAUCCACCAGAUUGACCAGGCCAAGGAACAGUACCUCGAGGAUCUUAAAGAAGCCCAGAAGAAGACAGCUACAGCAGUAUCACCUACGCCUUCGACUGGGAAGCGGAAACUGGACUCCACUGCGCCAACAGCAGCUGCGCACUCGAGUGCUGGCGAGUCGAAUAAGCGGAGAGGCACUGUUGGGGCUGUCGCAGGGACGAGAGCUGGCUCAGCACUGAUUUUGGCAGCGGUAACGUCCUCAGGGUCAGGAAGUACCGAUGAGGCGGCGGGUGAAGGGGAGAUCUUUGAUCGGUUCAAGGAGCUGGUGUCUGGUGGCCAGUGUAUGGAGAUCUCGAUCCAACACGCCAACAUCCAGGACGCAAUCGGAGCCACAGAUCAAGAUAUCACAACUUUGAUUCGGUACUCGUUGCUCAACAGGAGUCUCUCAGUACCGGCGAACCCACAUCUUAUCAACCUAGACGCAUCCGCAUCCCAUCACACAAACACCGCCAACGCCUCAUUAAAUGGAAGCAACUCUUCAGGGAGUCACUCAUCUCUGAACCAGCUCAUCACAACCACCAACCAACAACACGCCAAAAGUAUCCGCGCCGACACCCCAUCCUCGCUUCCAACCUCGGCGGCUGCUGGAACCUUGGUCCCGACAUCCAGGAGCAGUAACACCACAAAUUCAGUUGCGGCGACGACGGUGAUUACGGAUGCGACAGCGCACAGGGGACGGACCUCGGACGAUGUUGCGUACCGGUUUGCGAUCCGACAAGGUGGGCUGUUUGUGACCCACUUUCUGAAGGGUCGGCUUGAGAUCUUGAGGAUGAUCAAACGUCAGAUGUUUGGCGACAUGUUGACUUCUGCCAUCACGGCGAAACCGUUACGGGGCUCUUCUCUCUCACAUGAGUUCCAUGUCCAUGAUCUGGUCGGCAGUGGGCGCGUCCAGAGGUGA